AUGCGCACAAUGAAAUAAUAAAAUGGCUUCAUCGGAUAAGUUCAGUCGGAGAGCUUUUCCAUAAUCGCAAUAUUUUGUUAUUAUUUCGUUCCGUUUUCCCAGUGAGCUUUAGUCCAGCUAUUUCGGGAAAGUCUUAGCUUAUAGGCUAGAAAGAUAUAUAGGGUUUUGCAGCUGACACUUCCAAAGAGAGAAACUGGAGUUACGUAAGGAGUUAGUGUAGCCCGCCUGUGAGGCUUGAAGGUUGGACAGGAAGCCAGCGGCAUCGUGUAAAGCUUAGCGAUGGCUGGUAUAAAGAGCAUUGGUGAAGAUGGCUGGUUCCAGUUCAAAUUUAAAAGGGUGGGCCCAUGCCUAAAUCAUCCUGCAGGAUCUAAGUAAGACUCUCACAAUGAAAGAUAUUGAUCUUCAGUCAGCAGAUAACGAUCCUCUCCGAGCUCAAAUUUUUCCAAUCGAUACAGAAAGUAUUUCAAAUGCUCAAUCUUCAUCUCUUGAUUCCGGACCAGAAGGGUCUCCUCCUACCUCUAACUUCACUUUUCUUUCUGGUGAACGAUCAAUUCUCUAUCACUCCAACCGAUCAAGCAAUACCAGCUUACAGUGUAUAAUUGUUAUUAACCCACAAUGCGUCAUACUAGGCCAAAUGUGUGUGACGAAUUUUAGGGUAAAAAUAAUUUAGAUUAUAAUUGAGCCCUUAGAGGCUUCUUGAUGUUACGAAAACAAAUACCGUAUGGAAUAUUUCGAAAUCCCUUUAAUGAUGAUACAAAGACUCGAAAGGCCUUCUGAUAAAAACUAUUGCAUGCUCGACAUCAGCACAAAAGAUGGGAGAAAUAUUAGGAUUGGUGUUACUCAUCAAGCCCAGCAUGAAUUUAACCUUUUUACUGUGCUGUAUUCGUACACCUUUCCACAAACGCUUGUCAGUAGGUUCGCUUUUCUGCAUAGAGACAAUGGACCGGAAGAUGGGUGGAAAAUUUAUAAUUUUGUGAAUGACUUUGCAAGAAUUGGGAUAAAUCCGUCAAAGCCGGAAUCUAAGUGAGCGUUUUUGGAUAACUCGAACUGGGAAUAUUGUGAAACUUAUCCACAGACUGUUGUAGUGCCGAAAGAGCUGAGUAGUAAUGAUAUUAAAGCAUCCGCGAAUUUCAGAAGCAAAAAUAGGUUUCCAGCAUUAGCGUGGGCAAAUUCUAGAAAUGGGGCUACACUAUGACGAUGUAGCCAGCCGAAGACUGGGAUAAGGACUUCAAUUUCAAGGUGCUUAGAAGAUGAAGUUUUCUUAACUCCCAACCUAGUAAAAUAUCUAUUUUUGGAAAACUAGAAGCCUUUGUUAAUGAACAAAAAAUUUUAUAAUAAUACAAAUUAUUUUUGUUUAAACUAAUUUUAAUAUAUAAUUAAUAUUUCAAUAAUUAAAUCUCAAAUAAUUAUAUUUAACUUAAGACACUAUGCAUUAUAAAAGAUAAAUUUUAUUAAAUUAGAUUUUUCAUCAAAUAUUUAGAUAAAAUAUCCCUAUUAUGAUUUUUUCUAAAAGAAUAUUAAAUCCCUCCACUAGAAAAACAAAAAAAUCUUGCUCGCUUACUAAGGGAAAGUAAGAAUAAUUUCAAAAAGCUCUGCCAGAGGACAAGGCCUACACAUCUUUGAUGCUCGGCCAUAUAUGAACGCUCAUGCUCAAAGAGCGAUAGGUGGAGGUGUCGAAAACACGUCAUACUAUGAAGCUACAGAACUGCAUUUCUUAGGAAUUGAUAACAUACACAUUAUAAGGGAAAGUUGGCAUGGAGCUUUAAAUUCAAACUCAGUUAACCCAUUUAAAUAUUUAUCAGCGUUUGAAAAAUCUGGAUGAUUAGAGCACAUUUCUUUGCUUUUGCAAGGCUCAACUGCUAUUACAGAAAGCCUUCAAAAUGGGACAUCAGCCCUUAUACACUGCAGCGAUGGCUGGGAUAGGACUUCUCAGCUAUGUUCAAUAGUUCAGAUAUUGCAGGAUCCUCAUUACCGGACCAUACGAGGGUUUGCACAGGUCAUUGAAAAAGACUGGGUCAGCUUUGGUCAUCAGUUUGAUACCAGACUUGGUCAUGCCAAUCCUAACUCAAACGACGAAAAGCGAUCUCCUAUUUUUAUCCAAUUUUUAGACUGUAUUUAUCAGCUUGGCUGCCAGUUUCCCACACAUUUUGAAUUUAAUAAUAAAUUUCUACACGAUUUGGCUGAGUUUGCCCAUUCUUGUAGAUUUGGCACUUUUAUGUGUAAUAAUAUGAAGGAAAGAGUAACAGUGAACUUAGAAAGCCGGUCAACUUCAGUUUGGACCUAUGUAUUCGCACAUCUUGAUAUGUACACCAACCCAUAUUAUCAGCCAGGCCAAGAAGAAACGAUAACUCCUUGCUUUUCUCCAAGGAGGCUACAAAUAUGGCAUGAGCUGCUGUCACAGUGACAGCCUGAUUACUAUUAUCCUGUAGGGCUACUAUUGGGCCCUUCAGAUCAUAAAGAGGCUUUGAUGAAGUCUACGUAUGAAGGAAUGCAAAUGUAUAAGGAACUAAUCCAGCAAAGAGACAAAGAAAUUCAAGAACUUAAAAGUCAAUUAGCAAAAUUGCAAGGUAUCCGAGACAUCGUUAGCUUUUAUAUAAUAUUCAUAGUGGAAAUAGAAAUAUUUAAUUUAUAUUUAAAUUGUUAGUUAAUGCAGGAAGAUAUAAAGAAGCUGAGCACUUACCAGAUAUAGAAUAA